AUGUAUCAGCGGUGUCAAGAGCAAUCCAUACCGCACAAGCAGACCAAAAAGCUCGUCGUUGGAGCCAACUUCUCCAAAGCCUACCUCGAAAAGCUUCAGUCCCAUUGCGACGCUCUUGGACCCCUCGCACCGCCAACCAGACUGAUCACGGGUCAAGAAGCACGAGAGCUCGAGCCGCAUCUCUCUGACAACAUUGCCUGGGCGCUGCUGUCGGAGCGCACCGGCAUCGUCAGCAGUCACGAACUCAUGGCAAAUCUCGAAAAAGAAAUACUCGAUGCCGAGAACGCCGAGAUCGUCUACGAUACCAAAGUCGUUCGCGUCGACCCCAAUCAGCCCGACCGCAGCGCCGUCAACUCGAAGCGUGGUUCUGACGGAUCGCAGGACGGCUGGAUCGUGCAGACGCUCACCUCUGAUUCCGGCGACUCUUCUGCUGCUGAUGCAGAUGCCUUGCUCGCCAAAGUGGUCAUCAACACGUCCGGUCUCAAUGCACCUAUGGUCCUCAACUCGUUGCUCUCUGAGCUCGGCGGGCCCGAACAGGACGCCAUCCCCAUGUGGCACUCCAAGGGCAACUACGCUUCGUACAAGGGACCAGGAGCUAACGGCAUCAAGCACCUCAUCUACCCUUGUCCAGAUACCCGCAACAAAGGCACACACGCCCACACAUCGCUCGGCACGCAUCUCACCCUCGACCUCGAUGGCAACAUCCGUUUCGGUCCCGAUACUGAGUGGAUCUCGCCACCAUCUUCCAACUCACCGGAAGCGAUCGACUUUUGGAAACGAGCGCUCGUCGUCGACGAUGCCCGUAUCGAGAGCAUGUACGCCUCCAUCACGGAAUACCUGCCGAACAUCGACAAGACCGGCCUGGCACCCGACUACGCCGGUAUCCGACCGAAGCUCAUCGGUCCGGAGACGAAAGCGUUCAUGGACUUCCAGUUCCUCUGGCACAACUCGAACGAUCUCGGUGCGCAGAGGUUGUGGCAGCGAGCUCCGGGUCUACCCAAGCCUAGCAGCAGCUGCAUCUCGCCCGCCAAGGACAGCGUGGACAAGGUAGAAGGCGGUGCGAUGAUCAGCUUGCUCGGCAUCGAGAGUCCAGGAUUGACGUCGAGUCUGGCCAUCGGCGAGAUGGUCAGGGACAUGGUGGCACAGCAUUUCUAUGGUCAGCACCCUACACGCGCAGAGAGCAAGAACAAGGGCGCCAGGAACGAGGACAAUGCGCACCGUGUUGACGCCUGGGCAUAG